CUAUUUCUUUAUGUUUUCAGACACUAAAAGAGAGAAGUAUCAUAUGAAUGCUGCUUCCUCUCUCUCUUUCUCUUACAUAUCUAUCUCUCUCUCUCGUGUUAAGUGUUAACACAAGGUCACAGAUCUUGAUCGGUGAUUGGACAUGGAGUUCCGAGAGAAGCUCCUAAAGUUCAAGUUCCACAUCGUCUUCGCCUUCGUUUUCUCUCUCCUCACCGUCGCUCUCGUAACUUAUUCUCCCGGUUUUCUCACCGUUUUAUCUUACUUCUGGCCUCUAUUUCUCUCCACCGCCCUCUUUCUCGCCGCCGUUUUCUUCUUCGUCCGCACCUCCGACCUUCCGACGUCAUCUACCGUCUCCGGUGAUGGCUCCGGCUUCAAAGUGGCUGCAGAAGGGAUCCUUGACUAUGUCGUCGGCGGACAACACGAAGACUCUCUCUUUGAUAGCUUCACCAAACUCGACUAGUAUGAGAUCUCUCUGUUUUUAAUUCCUUAAGUAUUUUCGUUACUUUUUUUUUAUUUCAUAAUAGGGAAUAUUUAUAAGAGAAUGUAAUAGUUAACGUCGAAUAAGAAUAAAUCUUGCUUUA